AUGAAACCAUGGUGUUGUUACGCCCUCAUAGGUGCCAUUUUGGGAUCAGUUUUGCUUGCAGCAUUAGUGGCAAGUUUAGUACUCAUCGCUGAGAGCGGCGCGAUAACAACAACAUCCACAACGACAACGGCCACAACGGCCAUAACAACCACAACCACUACCACAACAACGACCACGACGACCACAACAAUGACAACCACAACAUCAACCACCUCCACGACCACGACGACAACGACUGUAACAACGUCAACUACCACAGCUCCAUCAUCAUCUAUUUGCGUUAGUACUGCCAGUGCAUUACUGUAUAACAAUGAUUUUAUCUAUUCACCUACCUCCGAAAUCUAUGCAGCUGGAAUGUUAAACAACCAAUUUGGGAUAUACAAAGCGUAUGGCUAUGAUAACGUCACUUCGACAGCAAUCUGGACAGCUAGCCAAACAUCAACAUCCGGUACAUGCUACCUUGCGUUACAAACAGAUCGUAAUCUUGUUGUUUAUACGCUUCCUAGUGGCUAUGUAUGGACACCUUUUAUCAAUAAUGGUGGUAUUGGCCUUCCAUUUUGUUUCUCAAUACUUGAUUCAGGCAAUUUGAUAUGGACUAACAGUUCCGGAAUAAUUAUUUGGCAAUCGAAUAGUGCACAAUCUGGAUAG